UGGGGAGGGACAAAAUGCGAGGGAACAGGAGGACUGAUCAGAAAAUAGUCCAACACAUGGAGAGGGCAUUUGGAAUAGUUGAAUGAAUGACAUAUGGGCAAGUUUGAAAGUUGACAGACUAAUUGAGCAAUGCGUGUUUUGCAAGUUAUUCUUUUAAAAUAUUGAUUUUGUUGGUUUUAGGGUAACGUAUCGUGAUGUAACGUGGCUAGCCAGCUACAGUAGUUGAAGACUUUGAACAGAACACGAUACAGUGGGACAGUGAGCGCUUUAGCUCGCAACACCUCAGUGAACUGCCAGCUUUGCUAGACUAGCAAGAACACUUCUCUUUCAGUUUAUCUUUACUCUUCUUUACGCUGCCGUCGAACUUGUCUUACAUUUCACAGAUAAGCUUGUUGCUAACGGUUUGAUAGGUGUCAAGUUUAACUUUUGUGGUUGUUGGACAUGGUUUUCAAUAACAGCUAGCUAGCUAAAGUUAGUCAGCCAUCAUUAAUUUGUAUUUUUCAACGUUGGACGGACUGAAUGUUCACCUUUGGGAUACUUAACGUUACUGUCAGUAAACAGCAACAAGACAACAUCAACGUUGUAUUUUAAACGAGACAAUAUGCAAAAGUUCAACUCGACACACACUAGUACUCUUCCUCGGGACGCUGAGCUUCAGCAGCGUUUAGCCGACAACGGGGGAGCCGGGGAGGCGAUGAAGGAAAACGGCGCUGGGAAGAAUCACAUCCUUGCAGAACCUGCAGACAGUUCACUCUGUACCAAGAGAAAGAUGCUGGUCGCCUUGGAUGUUUUCUGUCUGUUUGUAGCCUCCAUCCCGUUCUUUGCGUGUGAGUUGAAGGCGGUGACUCCGUACCGGAGGGGUUUCUUCUGUGGGGACCAGAGCAUCACCUACCCCUACCUGGAGAGAGAGGCCAUCCCUGACGCACUGCUCAUCGCUGGGGGCAUCGUCAUCACUGGCCUCACGAUUGCGCUGGGCGAGUGUUACCGGGUUCGUUUCUGUGAGGUGCAAUCGCAGGCCUUCGUGCGCAACCGCUACGUGUCCUGCCUCUACAAGGAGCUGGGCAGCUUCCUGUUUGGCUGCUGCGUGGGCCAAUCACUGACCAACAUGGCCAAGCUGAGCGUGGGGCGUCUGCGACCUAACUUCCUGUCGGUGUGCAACGUGACAUACGCCUCGCUCAACUGCGUCCCCGGCUCCUACGUGGCCCAGGUCACCUGCAGGCAGCCCAAACACAAGAUGGUGGAAGAGGCCAGGAAGUCCUUUUUCUCUGGCCAUUCCUCUUUUGCCAUGUACACCAUGCUCUACCUGGCGUUCUACCUGCAGGCACGGUUGUCAUGGCGAGGGGCUCGUCUGCUGCGCCCGCUGCUGCAGUUCCUGCUGGUGAUGAUAGCCGUGUACACCGGGCUGAGCCGCAUCUCCGACUACCGCCACCACCCCACCGACGUGAUCACCGGCUUCAUCCAGGGAGGCCUCACCGCCUACUGGGUGGCCUUCUAUAUUUCCUCCAUGUUUAAGAACAACCGUCCAGACCUGUCUCCCACCAGCAUGUCUCUGGAGAGCCCCCUGUCCAGCCAACAGACCGUCUGCUAGCAACACCUGCCCCAACACACCCCUCCUCACCUACCUGGACGGAUGGGGGAUGGGAGAAAAGACAGAAAGAGAGAGAGAGGGAGAGACAGUCAGAUAGCAGAGGUGAGCAGCACAUGGAGGGACAGGGAGGGAGAGAAGGUGUGUGAAAAGGAAGGGGGAUGAGAUAAGAGGUAGAGCAGGUAAAGAGCGUUCUAGCAAGUACACACAUGCUCUGAUGAAUACGCCAAGACACGCACACACACGCAGUGCCACCUCUCUCUCACUAACACACACUACCAUCUAACACACACACACACACACACACACACACACACACACACACACAC